AUGAGAGAAGCGCGAGGCGUCGGGGCUUCGGGCACUUAUGGGAAGAAAGCAGUCGCGAGGGCCGCCGCUAAUUUACGACUCAUCUGCAUAAUGCGGCGGGAGAUUACGCGCCAGGGCUGCCAGCUGCCCCCACCGCCGCGCGUUGCGUUCGGGCUGCGGCGUCCCCGCCGGCCAGCCCUGUGCCCGGGACAGUUUCCCAUGAUGCCGGCGCUGUCGGCUUAUCGCGUGGCGCCUGCAUUAGUGGGCGCGGGCGCUCUGCCCCCGGCCUCCCCCCUCCGACCCCUCCGGCCCCGGGAGCCCUGCCGUGGCGCCGCCGCUCUUAGCCCGCGACAACGUUUCCAAUGGCCCUUUUUUUCCCCGUCCACUCUCCAUGUCGAAGGUAAU